AUGUUUUAUGGCAGCUCCGGCAGUUCAGGAUACGGGGAAGUAUAUGACAGCAAUGAAGGAGUGUCGGACAGGAAAGUGAACAGCAGAGGAGGCAAAGCCAAAUACGGCGCCGUUGGUGGCUCAGCCAAUUCAGUACAUGACACCGAUGACGAAAACUAUGGCAGCGGCGUCUCUGGAGUGGCAGGAUACGGCAGCAGCAGUGGCUCUAAAUCUGGACACUCACACCACGGUGCCGGCGCAAACUCAGGAUAUGGCAGCGACGACGAUGACUCUGGAUACGGAGCCCAAGCUGCGCGCGGAAGGAGCAAAUCAAGACACGGAAAGGGUCGAGGCAGAGGAGCCAGUUCCGCUAGCGGCUAUGGUUCUGGAUCAUCCAGCAAUUCAGGAGUUUCCGAAGGUCGAUACGGAUAUAGUUCGGAUAGCAGUGAAGGAUACGAAUCAGGCGCUUAUGGACAAGGCCAAGGAGCAUACCGUGAUGCCGACGAUGACAGCUAUGAAAGUUCAGUUUAUGGGAGUUCGUCAAGCCAUGGAAGAGGAAAAGGAAGGUCUAGCAGCAGCAAGAAUCAUUAUGCUGGAAGCGACGAUUACGAUUCAGACUCGGAAGGCGUAGGAGUUUCUGGUUAUGGCAAAGGGAAGGGACGAAGCAGUGGCUACAAGAACCAAUAUGCUGAUAGUGAUGAUGAUGGUGAAGGCUAUGAAGGUUCAGAAUAUGGAGCUGCUGGAAGUCAAUACGGAGCUUCUUCAAGGAGCAAAGGAAAGGGCAGAAGUGGCAGCAGCAAAAACAAAUAUGACAGCAACGAAGGCUAUGAAGGAUACGAUUCAGAGUCUGGCUCUGCGUCAUCAAGAGGGCACCAGCACCAUGGAGGCUCAAGCAGGAGCAAGGGCAGGAGCAGCAAACACCAUCGUACUCAAAGAUCGGCUGAUCCAAAUAAUGCUGCAGGAGGAGAGGCUGCUUCUAGAGCCGGUUAUUCACCAUUUCAGCCUGGGUUAGGUGGAAAGGUGUCUUGUUGGACAGACGCAGAUUGCCAAUAUCCCUGCUCAAGUUGUAAUAACAGUUCAUAUUUCUGUUAUACUAACCCAGGCCAACAAGGCUACUGCAUGUGCAUGCCUUACAUGUAUUGACGUUUCAGAAACAGUACCUCUGCCUCCAAAUCACGAUAAGACUCUUUCGACCACUGGAAGUCUUUUCAACUACUCGAUGUAUUUUUCUAUGACUGCUAAAAUCUCAGUGAAUACCAGCAUUUUUUUGCAAUUAGACUUGAUAUCCAUUGUAUCUUUGAAAAAUAUCCUGGGCAAAGGACUAUUUUAUCUUAUACAUAUAUACUUAUAUACGUGUAUGUAU